UAUGGUUCUAACUAGUUUCUCUCACUCUCGGUGUUUCUCUCAACUUCCACUCUCUAGGGUAAACGAUCAUGGCAGCGUGGACGGCGGCGGCACGGCAAGCAGGGAAUAUCACUAGGCUUUCCUCUCCAAGAGUUGCUUCAGCUCCUCAAGCCGCUUCCCUCAUUCAUCGGCGCGGUCUAGCCGGUGGCGGUGAUCAUCAUGGACCUCCCAAGGUCAACUUCUGGCAGGACCCAAUGAGCCCAUCUAAAUGGAAAGAAGAGCAUUUUGUGAUUGUUUCUUUAACUGGCUGGGGAUUACUCUUCUUUGGAGGUUACAAGUUCUUUACUAGAGGCAAGAAAGACAAGACAGAAGAGGAGGUUGGAGAAGCGCACUAGGUUUGGAACGGUACUCAAUAUAAAGAACACAUUUUAAGACCCUUCAGUUUUGGACAGUUUUAUCUGUAGAUGGCUCUCCAAGUGGAUGAUAAAAAUUGGCUUUUUCUUGUUGCUGUUUUGAUACUUUGAUAUAACUGAUACCUUUUCGUAAUAAUAAGUUGGUCAUUUUUCUGACCAACUGCACUUUCUUC